AAAAAGAGUCAGUUCCCACGCUUUGUGCCUUCGUCAACUUUCCCAUUUCAGCAAUCCGUCUCUGCAGCAAAACAGGAAGUCUCUCUCAAGUCUUCUUCUCGUUCCCACCUCUUUUCUCUGUUUUACUCUCUCCCUCGCUCUCUCAAUCUCAAAACCCUAGUACCUUCUUCAUCAAUCUCGUUACAUCAAUAAAUCGCCAUUGGUUUGCUUCUGAAUUCGCUCUUGAAAUCUUUGCAGAAGGAUAUGUUCUAAUCUUUCUUGUGUUUUUCUUGAAAGAUAAUCUACAAUAUUCUUCUCUAUAUGUUUCUUUCUUUCCACUGGUCAAUCUUUUAUUGAUUCUUAGUAGAGAGGUGUAGUUGGUUUCGGCCAUCUCUGAAACCUUUUAGGGUUUUUCUUUGAGGAAAUGAGGGAUGUUUUCGUGGUUGGCAAGGCUUGCAGGGGCGUGCUUGCGCCCGGUCCGGCAGUACGCCCGUAUGAGCAAGGAUGAUGAGGACGGAAUGGACGACGCGCUUCUCUGGUUCAGAGACCUCGACCGGCAUUCUUUGGGCGAGUUCUCGAUCGCCGUCGUCCAAGCUAACGAGGCCAUUGAGGAUCAGAGCCAGGUUGAGACGGGCCCGCAUGGUACAUUCGUCGGGAUUUAUGAUGGUCACGCUGGCCCCGAUGCUUCUCGCUUCGUCUGCGAUCAUCUUUUCCUUCAUCUUAUGAGGCUCUCUCGCGAAAAUGGAAAUAUUUCUGAAGAUGUUCUGAGAAAUGCGUUUUUUGCAACAGAGGAAGGAUUUCUUGCUCUUGUGCGUAGAACACAGGAAACUAAGCCUUUAAUGGCCGCAACCGGAUCCUGUUGUUUGGUUGGUGUUAUCUGGAGAGGGGUACUGCAUGUUGCUAAUUUGGGUGAUUCUCGAGCAGUAAUGGGUUGUUUAGGUAGGUCAAAUUAUAUUGUUGCGGAUCAAUUGACAAGAGAACAUAAUGCAAGUCUGGAGGAGGUUAGACAAGAACUCAAGUCUUUGCAUCCUGAUGAUUCUCAUAUUGUUGUCCUGAAGCAUGGGGUAUGGCGUGUCAAAGGCAUCAUCCAGGUAUCUAGAUCUAUAGGGGAUGCAUACUUGAAGAAGCCAGAGUUCGCCAUUGAUUCUAUCCCAAAGUUUCGGCUUUCGGAGCCGCUACGCAGGCCUGCUCUAACAGCUGAACCUUCCAUAUAUUCAAGACCCAUCCGACACCAAGAUAAAUUUGUAAUAUUUGCAUCAGAUGGGCUCUGGGAACACAUGACGAACCAGGAGGCUGUUGAGAUUGUGUAUAAUCAUCCACGAGCAGGAAUAGCAAGACGACUGAUCCGCACAGCUAUGACUGAGGCCGCUAAGAAGAGGGAAAUGACGUAUGAAACCAUCAAGAAUGUUGAAAGGGGAAUCCGACGGUUCUUCCAUGAUGAUAUUACAGUGGUUGUUAUCUUCAUAGAUCAAGAGUUGCUUGGGAGAAAUGCAUCAGUACCAGAACUGUCAGUACGAGGGUUCAUUGACAGAGUCCUGCCAUCAGAUUUUUCAGUUUUAGAUGGGAUUGCUGCCCAUGCUAGCUCCUCAAUCCGAUGAGGCUCCUACUUUGAAUUGAGAGGCCAGUGGAGAUCAGGUUUGGGGAGCCUUCUUUCAACUGUGUAUGUCUAUUUCAUAUGAUUCGAAUUGUUUCUUCUCUAUUAGUUAAACCUGUUCUAUCUUUUCAACAAGACAAUAACAGGUUCGGUUUUUGAGGGGCUCACCGUUUUUGGACCAUGUAAAUUCUAACUGUGAAAAUUUUUUAAGCUUCAAUUGCAAAUUGGCAAUAAAACCUCCUGCAUCCAUUAGACA